CGACGGAACGAAAGAGAAAGUGAAAGUCUAAAAUCGCUUAUUCACUCUCAACUCGACAGACUUCCGCGCGUUACAGAGCCGCAGGAUCGCGAAUUUGACGGAUUGAGCUGCUGAACUCGGUGUGAAGUGUGUUUCUAAUCAUGUCUAGAGGCUCAAACGCAGGGUUUGAUCGACACAUCACUAUCUUCUCACCCGAGGGCCGCCUGUAUCAAGUCGAAUAUGCCUUCAAAGCCAUCAGUCAGAGCGGGCUGACCACGGUGGGCAUCAGAGGGACGGACUGCGCCGUGCUGCUCACACAGAAGAAAGUGUCGGACUCGCUCCUGGAUGCGUCUACAAUGACAAACAUGUUCCGUCUCACUCCGCGGAUCGGAUGCGUCAUGACUGGACAUUACGCUGACAGCCGGUCUCAGGUUCAUCGGGCUCGCAUCGAGGCGGCCGAGUGGAAGUAUAAGUUCGGUUAUGACAUCACGGCGGACAUGCUGUGCCGGCGCAUGGCGGACAUCUCUCAGGUUUACACACAGAACGCAGAGAUGAGGCCGCUGGGCUGCUGUAUGAUGCUGAUCGCGAUGGACCCUCAGAAGGGCCCCGUGCUGUACAAAUGCGACCCGGCCGGGUACUUCUGCGGCUUCAGGGCCACCAGCGUCGGGGUCAAACACCACGAGGCCAGCAGCUACCUGGAGAAGAAGCUGAAGAAGCAGCCGGAUCUGCCCUACGACAGGACCGUGGAGAUGGCGAUCUCGUGUUUGUCUUCUGUGCUCUCAAUGGACUUCAAAAGCACUGAGCUGGAAGUGUCUGUGGUGACCAAAGAAAACCCGAAAUUCAGGACUCUGUCAGAAGCAGAAAUCGAGCAUCAUCUGGCGGCGAUCGCAGAGAGGGAGUAACUGUCAGUUUUACCGUGUUUUUACCGUUUGCUCAUCAGUCCUCCGCUCAUGUUUGACUGUAUUUGGUUUGUGUUACUACUGAAUGACAAAUCCUCGUCUAGCAGCAGACAGUCCACUAAUUAUCCAAUAAAAGCAUCAUUUUGUCAAUCCAAA